CAAAAAUAAAAAUAAAAAAUGACUCAAAUAAUGGUGUCUACAGCUGUAUUUAAAUUAGUCAAUAUGGUUGGACUUUUAGGCUAUUUGUUGACGACUAUUGAUAAGUUUUCUGACUGGUCCUCGGAUGCUGCAGAUGUUGUAAACGGUGUUUUCCAUCUUAUCAUGUGGAUAGCGCUUUUGGUUAUAGAAGUGGAUCAAAAACCCGCGUUUUCUAAAUAUGUCCCCUUUUUAUACUCGUUUGUCGGUAGAGGUGUUUUCUAUGUCUGGUUGGCAUGGAUUUCCUUUAGAAUAUCCCUUUUAUCAAUUAUUGGCGCAGUUAUUACUUGUAUUGUAGGUAUUAUUUACGUCUUGCUGUUUGUCCUCAAGAAUCUUCAGGCACCCUCAACAAUGACAUUUGAAGAAAAUUAUGCUCAGAGUCCCGAGGAUUAUCUAUCUGAAUCUGCCUCAUUUUUACCUACCCAUAACAAUUCUCUUGGGGCAACAGCAGCACCUGAUGAAGAGAAUAGCUAUACAGCCAUCUAGAUAAAAUACCAGAAAAGGAGUGUAAUAUUACCGCGUAAAUGAAUCUAGAUACAUUGUACUGCAGAAUAAAUCUACAGUUUACACAUCCCCCCUUAUUUGGGAGCUUCUUUUACUGCCUGAAAAUGAGGUCAUUUUCAUGUGUGACCGCAUAAACGUGACCUUUUUAUUUUUUUUAGUCAGAAAAAAAAAAGGUCGAUUGCUUUUUGUCGUGUGUGUGUGUGUUGUG